CACGUCCUUGUGUACUAUAUAUAGGAUGAGACAGAUUUAGUUUAGUGAAGCGUGUUCAUUGGAUCCCAUACCCGGUAAUGUUUAUUAUUCUAAUUAAUACAAUGUAUUCAUUUUCGAAGUAACCAAGGGCACACAAUGUUUUAAAUACAUGUACAGACUUCAAUGCCCGGACGUUCGUAAUCUGGCGUCCCGGUGGGUUUUUUUUAUUAACAAUAGCAAAACUUGUUUGUUAAUUCUUUGAAGAAAUGUAAUCUACACUGAGUCAGUUAAUUUAUUGACAAUUAAGUUGCACUGUGAUAAUGGCCUUACAUGAUACAGUGGACAUUGUAGUAAUACAAUACGACAAUCAGCUGAGAAACAAACAAUGGACUGAUGAACAAAAAGAUAUGACUGUCUGCAUGAAUAACAGAGAGCGACGAAGGGUUGAUUACGCCUACAUGUGUAUUGUACCUGUACACCGCACAUGGCCAGGUACACACGAGUAUGAUCACCAUGUGUAGGACGUCGGAAGUGUUUAAAUGUGAACUUUAAACGUGAUGUUCUUGGAGGAGAAUAGUUUGCGUAUGAAAUAUACCGUAGCACGUGGAAGAAAAACACAGGUAGGAUACAGAAAAACACUGCAGAUUUGGCAGAAUUAGCAACCAGGAAGACGUUUGGGGAGAGUCUGCUUCCACCUGUUGGUGUCCAUACCAGCCGACUCGCCGUUGAAGAUGCUGAACCACAUGCUGCAGACGUGUCGGACGGAGCGGAGUCUGCUCCUGAUGACGUCACUGCUCCUCCUAACGUAUUUUUUCAUCAUGGACGUAGUUCUGUACAUGACACUACAGAGUACAAAUCUUGCUAAUCAGGAGAAAACCUCUUCUUACUCGCCAUUCCGCCCGCUGUCAGCGAAACUUCUGAUGACAGCGCCAACUAAUCAUUACAUCCUCAGCCUGGCCACAGAAUACUUUGACGAGUACACACAUUUCAGUAAGAUCUUCACUUUCAUCACCCCUAACAUGAUCAGUGCCAUGCAUCUUGCCCUGGGUUUUCUCUCGGGAAAAUUCGUGGCGUCGGAAUCCUUACGUCGGCGACGCCUUGGUGUAUUAAUCUUCGAACUUCGCCUUUGGUUGGACGUUUAUGACGGGGUAGUGUAUAGAAGUCAUAAGGGUCUUCACGGUUACCGUAGCGAUAGGAUGAACUUAGGUUUUGUAGUGGACACAAUAUGUGACACGACAAGUGGUAUAGCGCUUUGUUUUGGUGUUCUCUUCUAUUUAUGGAAAGUUCAAGUGCAAAAACCUACUGCUAUCCUGCCGUACACGAAGCCGUCUGUGAACGGGGCACCUGUAUCAGGGGAUGGUGAGAAGACAAGUGUAUACCAGCAAAAACAUCCAAGGAACCAUAUAUUUUAUAAAGUGUUGUGUUACGGUUUGAUGUUGGCCCUGACAGGGAUGACUUUUGAUAAAACUACGGAGGCUUUCGGUGGAAUAUUUACUACCAAGAUGGAGACAUCAUUAGAAGAGGAAACGCAGUUAGAGGCACUCCAUUCAUUAACUAUGUGGUUUGUGUUGUACUCCUGGAGACUGAUAGAGGCUCAGGCAAUGCUACAGUAUCUCCUUCUCGCCAUAUUCCUGGACAGGAUAUGGGAGUUUAUCUGUUUCAUCCAGUACACAGGAUACGGGACAUUGAUUUUAGUCAAUGUCAUGAGUCAACUUCAAAUUCGAAAUGUUCGAAAUAUGCUCAAGUCGACUAGCGCUGAAUAUGUAUAGCUGUUCAUCCUUCAACAUUGCCGUCGUCAUCUGUUUCGUAGACAGACUUAAAGGAGGAGCCAUCUAACUACUUAGUUUUUAUAUGUUAUUUUAUGAAAGGUUUAUGUACUACUUAUUAAUCGGCAACUAUUACCCAGUGUCACUACAUCAAGUUGACUGGCCGUUAGAUUGCACCUUAUUCGUUAUGGUGUCCUUAUGAUGUAUGUCGUCAAAACCAUGCGUUUCUAUGCAAGCUAUUUGCGGUUUCUUAUAUUAAUUUGAUUCAAAUUACAGAAACAAACAAAAAUUGAAAUCUCAAUUGUUGACACCAACUGUGAUGAUAUCGAAAAUGGUAGACAUAAUUUCGUGUUAUGGCAAAAAAAAAUCAAACAUUUAAAUAUUUCAGAAUAAGAGUGCAUAGAUAUACGUGUAUAUUAUGAUAUUAUAACUGUGAACAGGAUAGUAUAACAAUAAUAAUUCUUCACAUUAUCAUACUUAUCACACUAUUGAAGUACUUAAUUCAGUAUUGAAAUACUUACUGUACUACUUACUGGUGAAAAAGGGUGGUGUACUGUUAAUGUAGUGACGUCAAUAGGCUUAUCAUCAGCACUAAUGUAGAUCAUGUUGAUCAGAUGUUUGCUCCUUUAACAGUGUAGUAAGAAGGCGCAUUGUCACUAACAUACUGCAAAUAACUAUAAAACAGGUAUGGUAAAGAGGGUAGUCUGCUAAUUGUGUUGUAUUGCAUUGUUUUGAUAAAAUUAACUGUAUAACAGGGUAUAAUAAAGAGGGUAGUUUAACACUCGGUUAUACAGGUGUUUUGGUGUGAUUAAUUGUGUUAACUGUAUAACGGUUUGAUAAAGGGAUAAGUGUACACCUAUAAUGAUGUAUGACCGUGUUUGGAUGUAAGUAACUGGGUUAACUGUAUAACGGUUUGAUAAAGGGAUAAGUUUACACCUGUAACGUAUGAACGUGUUUGGAUGUAGUUCAGGAUCCCUGCCCCACUGCAUUGUUUAAUUUCCGUUUGGAUAUAACUGUAAAACAGUAAGGAGAGAACACAUCCUAGAUCAGGUAGCUCAGUAGGUUACAAUGACUGAAGUCCAGGGUUCAAAUCCGGGUCAAGCCCCGCUUAAUGUUUACCUUCAAAACACUGUUGUUGAUUAUAUGUUGUUUAUUUCAUCUUUUAUAUUUUAUAUUUUCCAUAAAAGUGUCGCAAGGAACGGUUUUCUUUUUAGAAAGAUUUAUCAAGCUAUAGUCCUGUCGGAAAACCCCAGUUUCCAACGCUAAGUUACAGGUUUUGGCAGUGGUACGGUGAUCUAUGUUUACUGUAUACAGGUGUGAUAACGACUACUGUAUACAGGUGUGAUAACGACUAUGUGGGUAGUAUAAUAAGCGUAAUGUAUGGACGUGUUUUGAUGUAAUUAACUGUAUAAGAGUACGAUAAAGAGUGUAAACUUUAGCACACACGUAACGUAUGGACGUGUUUUGAUGUAAUUAACUGUGUAAGGGUACGAUAAAGAGGGUAAACUUUAGCACACAUGUAAUGUAUGGACGUGUUUUGAUGUAAUUAACUGUAUAAGAGUACGAUAAAGAGUGUAAACUUUAGCACACAUGUAAUGUAUGGACGUGUUUUGAUGUAAUUAACUGUGUAAGAGUACGAUAAAGAGGGUACACUUUAGCACACAUGUAAUGUAUGGACGUGUUUUGAUGUAAUUAACUGUGUAAGAGUACGAUAAAGAGGGUAAACUUUAGCACACAUGUAAUGUAUUAGACAGUGAUGAACAAUACAUGUAAAUGUUCCUACUUUUGUUCAAAUGGUCAGUUUCCUCCCAUACAUGUCCAUUUUUUCAUAAUUUUAACAAGUACUGUACAAUUGGAAAUUUUUGGAUGUGGAAAUGUUCACGUUGAAGAUUGGUUCUAAAAUCUAAAUAAUCUAUAUAUCUGUAAUAUACAUCUAAUAAUCUAAUAACAGAUAUUAGCGUCUGGAUAUUUUUGCGGUAAUUUACUCAACGCUAAAACGUAAAUAUUUCCACACCGCGAAGAUUUCCAGUUUUACAGUAUUUGCCUUACAGACUGUCAAAACAAGACUUUAAUGGUUGUUAUUAUACACUGUUCCUACCCAUUGAUAUGCCAUUAUCAAUUUACGUUUUUUAGUUAUGGCUAUUAUGUCAACAAAUCAAAAAUAAGGUCAUGACAUUAAUUAAUAUAAUCGUACAAAUAGGUGUUAAGGGCGGUACUGUAUAUAGUGGAUCAAAGUAGCCAGUGUCAGAUUAGCGCUGAUACAUUAUGUAGUGUACCGUUAUUACCUCCCCUUACUCCCAUCAUUAUACUGUUGUCUAUGUCUUGUCUACGUAAAGCAUCAGAUCAAAUGGUAAAAUAUUUUUUUUUUUUAUAAAUGUCAUCAUUGUAGAUGUAUUGCAUACAAAUACCCCGUUGUUGGAUUAUUGGGUACAACAAAAAAAUCACAAAGUGUUUACAUGUAGGUGUGUAAUGCUCCUGACUAAUUACAAGUAUGUAAUAUUACUUAAAAUAGUACUGUAAUGUUCCUUACUAACUAUAGAUUUAGUAAAUUUACUUACUAAAUAUAGAUCAGUAGUGUUCCUUAAGAUAGAUGUGUAAAGUUACUGAAUAAUAUAUAUUUGUAAUGUUGCUGACUGAAUAGUAAUUUCACUGACGAACUGCCUGCAUUGUCUUUGCCUAUAUGCGUCUAUAAAGUACCAUGUAAUGCUAUUAAAGAAAUAUAAGUCUGUAUUUAUACUUAACAUUGGUCGUAAUGUCACUGACUAAACACAGGUAUGUAAUGUCUUUGACUAAACAUAGGUCUGUAAUGUCACUGACUAAACAUAGGUCUGUAAUGUCACUGACUAAACAUAGGUCUGUAAUGUCACUGACUUAGCAUAGAUUGUAAUGUCAUUGACUAAACAUGGGUCAGUAAUGUUGCUGACUAAAUAAAGGUCUAUAACGUCACUGGCUAAACAUAGGUCUGUAAUGUUACUGACUAAACAUAGGUCUGUAUUGUUACUGACGUAACAUAGGUCUGUAAUUUCACGGACUAAACAUAGGUCUGUAAUGUCACAGACUAAACAUAGGUCUGUAAUGUCACUGACUAAACAUAGGUAUGUAAUGUCUCUGACUAAACAUAGGUCUGUAAUGUCACUGAUUAAACAUAGAUUUGUUAUGUUACUGACUACACAUAGUGAUGUAAUGUUAGUGACUAAACAUAGGUAUGUAUUGUCACUGACUAAACAUAGGUGGGUCAUGUCACUGACUAAACAUACGUCUGUAUUGUUACUGACAAAAAAACAUAAGUCUGUAAUGUCACUGACUAAACAUAGGUCUGUAAUGUCACUGACUGAACAUAGGUCUGUAAUGUCACUGACUGAACAUAGGUCUGUAAUGUCACUGACUAAACCUAGGUCUAUAAUGUCACUGACUAAAUAUAGGUCUGUAAUGUCACUGACUAAACAUACGUCUGUAUUGUUACUGAC